AUGUUUAGUCAAUUUAUUUCAAGUCUGAAUAAGGCCUUCAGUGAACUGACUUUGACUCCUACAGGGAAGUCUUACAGCUCUCAGGUGGAGGAGGCUCAGCGCAUGAGCUCCUGGAUCUCUAACCGGAAGCUGGUGCUGGUUCACAACAUGCUGGCUGACCAGGGCAUCAAGUCCUACCGCCUGGGCAUGACCUCCUUCGCUGACAUGGUAGGGCCAAGCAACAUACCACUGUAUAACUAGAACAGCUCACAUAUUUAUAUGUAGAUUUAUGAAGGAUAAAAUGAUUAAAUUAGCAAAAGAAGGAUCUCUCUUUGUCUGCCCCAUUUUCAGAUUUACAGCAUUCGUAGAAAAUAAAGAAAACUGACACGAUUAUAUUGACAAUUAAAUUGACAUGAUUUUGAUGAACUAUGGACUUGUUAAUAUGUUGUGAUCUGUAUCCUUUAUCUGAACUAAAUAGUGAAGUACAAUAGAAGGAUAGAUCCACCCCAAAACAAAGGAAAUACAUUUCUGAAAUAAUUGUGUCCAGUGAUAAUAAAUAAUUAUUAUAAUGGAUUGGAUUUAUAUAGCACCUUUCUACCAACUAAGGUUUUCAAAGCGCUUUACAUAGGAAGGGGAAACUCACCUCAUCCACCACCAGUGUAUCUAAUGUAAAUGAUGUAUAAAUUAGUAUGUGUAUCUAUUGUUGUGUCCCUCUAUCGCAGGAUAACGAGGAGUACAGACACGUCAUCUCCCUGGGUUGCCUGGGCUCCUUCAACACCUCCAAGCCCCGCGGCGGCUCUACCUUCUUCCCAAUGCUUGGGGACAACGACCUGCCCACCACCGUGGACUGGAGGGAAAAGGGCUACGUCACCCCCAUCAAGGACCAGAAGCAGUGCGGCUCCUGCUGGGCAUUCAGUGCGGUAAGAAAGGGAGAAGGAAGGAAGGGGUUAAGAGAGCGAGUUAACUACAGCCUAAACUCUGCUCUAGUCAGAUGUAGUUAAGCAGUGGAGGCUGGUGGGAGGAGCUAUAGAAAGACGGGCUCAUUGUAAUGGCUGGAAUGGAAUAAAUGGAACGGUAUCAAACACAUCAAACAUAUGGAAACCACAUGUUUGACUCCGUUCCAUUUAUUCAAUUUCAGCCAUUACAAUGAGACCUCCUAUAGCUCCUCCCACCAGCCUCCACUGUAGUUGAGUAAUUGGUCAGCCUGUUCUAAUACUUGUUCUCUUGUUCUCUGUAAGACAUCACAGUACAGUUGAAAUAUACAUGGCAAAUAGAAAUCCUAUAUGGAUGGUGUUAAAAGAUAGAUGGGAGGUGUUGAAUGGAAUUGAAGGAUGGGACUAAUAACAACUAACAACAAACAAUAACAAGAUAACUAAUAAUGUAGGCAUGCUGUGUCCAUAAUAGGUGUAUGGGUUGUAGGUUGGGAGCUUUUGUGAAGGAGCAUAGUUAGAAAGAUAUGGCAUAUAGAAGCAAACCGGAUGGACAUCAUGAAAAUGAUCGGAGAGGUUGAGAGUAGAAGAAGUUCAGGAGAAAGAACAAACAAAAUGUAAUUAUUGUAAAAUUGACUGUGUCCAUAAAAUGUAGAUAGUGGGUAUGGGCCGGAAGUAGAGGCCUAGGCGUUGUUGUUCACUAGUUUACUCCAAGUGGGGAAAGGGUGGCGGGGUUGGAAAGUAAUAAAGGGGAAUAUAUAUAUAUAUUAUGAAAGGAUAUGUAUGUGUAUGUAUGUAUGUAUGUAUGUAUGUAUGUAUGUAUGUAUGUAUGUAUGUAUGUAUGUAUGUAUGUAUGUGGGUGUGUAUGUGUGUAUAUGUACAGUGGGGAAAAAAAGUAUUUAGUCAGCCACCAAUUGUGCAAGUUCUCCCACUUAAAAAGAUGAGAGAGGCCUGUAAUUUUCAGCAUAGGUACACGUCAACUAUGACAGACAAAUUGAGAAAAGAAAAUCCAGAAAAUCACAUUGUAGGAUUUUUAAUGAAUUUAUUUGCAAAUUAUGGUGGAAAAUAAGUAUUUGGUCACCUACAAACAAGCAAGAUUUCUGGCUCUCACAGACCUGUAACUUCUUCUUUAAGAGGCUCCUCUGUCCUCCACUCGUUACCUGUAUUAAUGGCACCUGUUUGAACGUGUUAUCAGUAUAAAAGACACCUGUCCACAACCUCAAACAGUCACACUCCAAACUCCACUAUGGCCAAGACCAAAGAGCUGUCAAAGGACACCAGAAACAAAAUUGUAGACCUGCACCAGGCUGGGAAGACUGAAUCUGCAAUAGGUAAGCAGCUUGGUUUGAAUAAAUCAACUGUGGGAGCAAUUAUUAGGAAAUGGAAGACAUACAAGACCACUGAUAAUCUCCCUCGAUCUGGGGCUCCACGCAAGAUCUCACCCCGUGGGGUCAAAAUGAUCACAAGAACGGUGAGCAAAAAUCCCAGAACCACACGGGGGGACCUAGUGAAUGACCUGCAGAGAGCUGGGACCAAAGUAACAAAGCCUACCAUCAGUAACACACUACGCCGCCAGGGACUCAAAUCCUGCAGUGCCAGACGUGUCCCCCUGCUUAAGCCAGUACAUGUCCAGGCCCGUCUGAAGUUUGCUAGAGUGCAUUUGGAUGAUCCAGAAGAGGAUUGGGAGAAUGUCAUAUGGUCAGAUGAAACCAAAAUAUAACUUUUUGGUAAAAACUCAACUCGUCGUGUUUGGAGGACAAAGAAUGCUGAGUUGCAUCCAAAGAACACCAUACCUACUGUGAAGCAUGGGGGUGGAAACAUCAUGCUUUGGUGCUGUUUUUCUGCAAAGGGACCAGGACAACUGAUCCGUGUAAAGGAAAGAAUGAAUGGGGCCAUGUAUCGUGAGAUUUUGAGUGAAAACCUCCUUCCAUCAGCAAGGGCAUUGAAGAUGAAACGUGGCUGGGUCUUUCAGCAUGACAAUGAUCCCAAACACACCGCCCGGGCAACGAAGGAGUGGCUUCGUAAGAAGCAUUUCAAGGUCCUGGAGUGGCCUAGCCAGUCUCCAGAUCUCAACCCCAUAGAAAAUCUUUGGAGGGAGUUGAAAGUCAGUGUUGCCCAGCGACAGCCCCAAAACAUCACUGCUCUAGAGGAGAUCUGCAUGGAGGAAUGGGCCAAAAUACCAGCAACAGUGUGUGAAAACCUUGUGAAGACUUACAGAAAACGUUUGACCUGUGUCAUUGCCAACAAAGGGUAUAUAACAAAGUAUUGAGAAACUUUUGUUAUUGACCAAAUACUUAUUUUCCACCAUAAUUUGCAAAUAAAUUCAUAAAAAAUCCUACAAUGUGAUUUUCAGGAUUUUUUUUCUCAAUUUGUCUGUCAUAGUUGACGUGUACCUAUGAUGAAAAUUACAGGCCUCUCUCAUCUUUUUAAGUGGGAGAACUUGCACAAUUGGUGGCUGACUAAAUACUUUUUCCCCCCACUGUAUGUGUAUGUAUGUGUGUAUGUGUAUGUGUAUAUAUAUAUAUUGAUUGGAAGUGAUGCAGACAAUUAUAUUGAUGGAAGUUACAAUCUAUCUACAAUAUUAAGCUGAUCUACCCCCCCCCCCCCCCAAAAAAAUAAAAAAUAAAUAAAAAAUACUUGUUCUCUUUCGUCUUGUGCGUGGUGAGAGAGAAACAAUAAUCCCCAGUCUGUAAAUGUUUCCAUUUUUGUAUACGGCUGUUUUCCAAACACUGUGGGUUGUGACCCUAAAACUUUGCAAAGGUAAAUCUAUUAGAAUGUGAGUGUCCUUCAUUUUACAUUUACAUCUCCCUGCCAAAGUCUCUCUAACUCCCCCAUCUACCGCCCUCCCUCCCUCCCUCAGACUGGAUCUCUGGAAGGCCAGUACUAUAAGAAGACCAGUAAGCUGGUGCCCCUCAGUGAGCAGCAGCUGGUUGACUGCUCCGGCGAUUUCGGCAACAUGGGCUGCAUGGGCGGUCUCAUGGACCAGGCCUUCGAGUACAUCAAGUCAUUGGCCCCUGGAGGCGUGGAUACUGAGGACUCCUACCCCUACCAGGCUGAGGUAAGCAGUGAGCAGUGGGCAGGGUUGUGUUCAAACGUAAAAAUUAAAAUUAAAUCCCAAUGGAAAAUGAAAAUUAGUGUUUCUUAUUUUACUUAUUAGGCCUUCCCUGUUUAAGUCCAUUUUUAAUGUCAUCCUUCUCCCAGUGUGGGUCCACACGGUGUAGUAGUAGGCUAUGACAGGGGUUUUCAAACCUCUCCUCGGGGACCCCCAGCCGUUCCAUGUAUUUGAACUAUUCCAGAGCUAACGCACCUUAUUGAGCUUGUCGACUAAUUAUGAAACCCUUGAUUAGGUAAAUCAGUGAGCUGGUUUAGGGCUACAAUAAAAUUGGGAAACGUCUGGGGGUCCCCUAGGAGAGGUUUGAAAACCACUGGGCUAUGACGCCUUCUGAAUCAAGGAAGUAGCACAACACUGACAUCUAGUGUAUAUGUUUAGCGAUGCAAUAGAUUCUGACAAAAAAGAGCAGACAUAGGGAGAGCAUUAUUUUUACAACGAUGCAUUUAGGUAUGAAUUUAAUGUUUUAUAUGAAUUUAAUGUUUUAUAUUCGCUAUGUUUUAUGUGCUUACACAAUUUUAAUGUAGCUACACCUGUUUUGAAGAAGACUUCAUAUUUUUACACACAGUCAAAAUAAUGCUGUGGAAUCCCUCAUAAAACGUUUCUAUGGAAACGCGUAAACAACUAGCAACUAAGCUCCUCUAGUGUUUAUUUAACAAUGUCUUUCUUUAACAGGACAAGAAGUGCCGCUACAAGCCCGACAGUGUGGGUGCCACCUGCAGCGGGUAUGUUGACGUGACCAGCGGUGACGAGAGCGCCCUGCAGCAGGCGGUGGCCACCGUGGGACCGGUGUCUGUGGCUAUCGAUGCUGGACACUCAUCCUUCCAGCUCUACGACUCAGGUGAGGUCUUUUUAGACACACCUCUCUCCGGGCCAAUCAGGUUAGGCCUUUUAAGACACACCUCUCUCCGGGGUUCAUGUUAGGCCUUUUAAGACACGCCUCUCUAGAGGUAUCAUGUUAGGCUUUUGAAGACACACCUCUCUCUAGAGGAAUCAUGUUAGGCCUUUUAAGACACGCCUCUCUCCAGCCUGAACCUACACCUGUCAUCUUGGUCACACUUUAAACAAACUAUAACCUCUAAGGCAUAAUGACGCCUUCAUAAACCCUUGAUGAGCCCACAUAUAUGCUUCAAAAAUCUUUUAUACGGUCCUGACAUCUGGUUCUUUAACAAAUGUGGCAUAAGCCUUAUAUAUAGUAUAUAGUAUAUAGUAUGACAUUUUAUUAUGAAUGAUUUGUGAAGCAUUUAUAUAGGCCUUAUAAAGGGCUUAUGAAGGCUUCAUUGAGACUGACUCCAUAACUGAUGGUUCAUAACUGUGAACUGACUGUGACUCGUAGUUCUGGGUGGCAGGUAGCCGAGCGGUUAAGAGGUUGGGCCAGUAACUGAAAAGUUGCUGGUUCGAAUCCCCGAGCUGACUAGGUGAAAAAUCUGUCGAUGUGCCCUUGAGCAAGGCACUUAACCCUAAUUGCUCCUGUAAGUCGCUCUGGAUAAGAGCGUCUGCUAAAUGACUAAGAUGUUAUCUUCUUUCUUAGAUGUACAGUAAAAUCUCCCUGUGUGUUUUGUACAUUCAAUGCAAUGUAUUGACGUAGGCGUCAACAACUGUGACGCGUUUCUUUUUGCAAAAGCCUCACAAUGUGACACAUAUAAACUGAUACCAAGCUGAUAUUGUCUGUAUAUUGAGAAUAAUGGAUUUAAUUUAAUAAUGGAUUUAAUUUAAUAAUUGUUUUUUCCCAGGUGUCUAUGACGAGCCAGAGUGCAGCAGUGAUGAGCUGGAUCAUGGUGUUCUGGCUGUUGGCUAUGGCACUAGUGAUGAUGGCCAGGACUACUGGCUGGUGAAGAACAGGUAAACAACAACAUAUUGCAUAAUGUAUCAAAUAAAGCUAAGCCUAUCAGAUUGAUCAAGAGCAACCAUAAACCAAUGGCGUUGCAGUUGCAUUCUCUAAUCUCAGUACUGUCAGAGAUGGGCUCUGGUAUAAUAUUUUAGUUAGCAUUGGAUGUGAUACAAAACGAGGGUUGGGUAGGCUGUUGGAGUGUUUAUCUGACUGUCCCCCCCCACACACUUCUAUAACCAAAGUUGCGCCCCUGUCAAUGAUCGAUGUUAUGCUAUUGCUAAAUGCUAACUCAGUGGUUGCUGGAUGUGUGUGUUCCAGCUGGGGCCUUGACUGGGGAGAUAAGGGCUACAUCAUGAUGUCCAGGAACAAACACAACCAGUGUGGCAUCGCCACCGCUUCCAGCUACCCCCUGGUCUAA